AUGAUCUUACUUAUUCUUUACUAUGUAUACAAAUGGAUCACAGUACCUUGGUUUUAUUAUGAAAGCGCAAGAACACGUCGUAUCAUUCAUCAACAUCAUAUGGAUGAAAAAAAAGGCAAGCGUAGAGAACGAGUGGAGGAAGAACUCAGAAAGCAUGAAUUUGUGGGAUUAGCAUGGGUUGCUCUUUCUCCUGCUAUUGCCGGCUAUACACUUCAAUACAGCCGAUAUUUUCUUAGCAACUAUGAAAAGUACAUGAGUACAUUUAAUGUCACUGUCUUUGUAUUAGCUGCCAGUCUAAAACCUUUACUUCAUAUCGUGGUAUUGUUGCGUGAACGUACUUUGUAUUUGCAGAGUGAAAUGAAAAUAGACGAAAGUGAGGUGGAUAUAUUAACAAAAAAAAUGGAAAUGAUACAAGAUGAAUUGGAUAAUUUACGAAAAGCAUUUGCAACUAAAAAAGAUUUGGGACAAAUGGCUCAAGGUAUUACACCAAGUAUUCAUCAACUUACAAAAGCAAUGAAACGGUUUGAAAAGAAAGAAUCUGCGUUGCGUUCAUGGUCAGAAGAUAAAUUUAUUGAAAUAGAUCAAAAAGUAAAUGACUUUGACCAAUUCAUUUGUUACAGCAUUGAACAAGAACAACGCAAAUCAGCUCAACAUUUCUUUGUUAGUCUUAUGCUUUUACCCGCCAAUAUCAUGCUUUGGGCAGCCAAUCGAAUGACAGCAUUAUUGCCUAUUCCAAGAGCCUUGCUUAAUCUAACAAAUUCAUCCCAAAGGCCCUCAUAUAGAAAAGAAUCUUCUGAAGUGAGUUAUUCGGGUGAAGAAUCGGUUCCUUUUAUGGGUCACACAUCUCCUAAUUAA